CCCCAGCCGUGCGAGGCAAGCAGGAUGCCCCCAAGAAGGGCAUGAAACUGAUGCGCGCGGACACGGACCUAAACCUCGGCGAUUCGGAGCUCGGGGCCACAGGCCCCACGGCGGUCAGCAGGCGGGUGCAGGCGCAGCUGUCGCCGCACUUCGUCCCGGCGAUGUUCGCCCACCCGAUCCGGGUCACGACCAAAUUCGUCUACAUGGGCGGCUGCUUCUCCAAAGUUCUCAUGGCCGGCGUCGCAGGCUUGCCCUGGCUGCAGGCCGCCGUGCCCAUGGGGUUGCUGCCGGAGUUGGAGAGGGAGCUGGAGAUGAUAGAGCUGCGGGUGUGCCCAGGGCAGCUGUGUGGGCCGAAGACCGCCGGGCGCUUCAGGCCGCUGUUCGACUGGUGCUACAGGUAUCCGGUGUAUUGGCCGAUGGACAUGGCCGCCAAGGUUCUCCUCGGCCUGUACCUGGCCUUGCUGGAAGUCACAGGGAGCUCGCCAUGGUGGGGGCUCGUCCACCUGAGCGUCGCGGCGAUCUGCGUGGGCUCGGGCUACUUGGUUUUCAGGUUUAGGCCCUACACGGGCCUGCUGGACAACUUGGCGCUCUUGGUCACUCUCGCGACCGUGGCGCUGGGGGCUCUGCAGUACCAGCUGUCUCACUUCGUCGGCCCAACGGCGAACUUGUUCCCGGCCUGGAUGGUCCACGAGGGCUGCUGUCGUCGUCCUGGCCUUCAUGAGCUUGUGCGUCAUUUCGACCGCGCUGCUCGCGUCCUGCAGGGAUGCUGAGAAGGUCGUGCAGACUGGCAUGCCUGGCUGGAUCCCCGCGGCGGACAGGGAGACUGUCAUGUACGACCAUGCUCAGAGCAGAGCGGCGCAGGUUGAGGAGGCGGAGCAAGAAGAGAGGC